UCCAUUUUUGUGGCUAAUACGGAAAUACGCGAGUCGCCGCGAUUGAAGUAGCCCCCAAACGAUCAUGAAAUCAACGGUAGCAGGAGUAGCCCUGCUACUUCUAGUGCUAAACCAGUCAAGUGAUGCCUUUAUCCACAACUGGCAUUCGGGCCCCAUUAAUUGUCAUGAGUGUGCCACCCUAGAAGAGUGUUCUGCAGGAUCUGGAGCCUUGCGAAAAUGUCUGGAUAACGAAGGUCAAAGCUGUGUGGCCAUUUUCAACAGCAAUGGUGCUGUGAUCCAAAGAGGUUGCAGCGAUAAUUUGGAAUCCGUCUGCACAGAAAGUGGGGACAAUUGCUACGAGUGCCGAUCGCACGGUUGUAAUUCCCUGAAAACCGCUGAGGAUCUGCUCGAGUGCGUUUUGUGCGAUGCCCAGAGCGAUGAUAAUUGUGUCUUCGACAUUGAACUUGUGACUGAGCGAAGGAGGUGCAACCAGCAGUGUAUCACAGCACUCUAUGCCACCAAUAGCGAAGUGGGUGCCCCACUGGAAUUGGUUCGCACUUGUCUGGAUGAUCUCGACUAUGAUGAUCGGGAGGCUUGCGCCGAAGGAACCCUCGACAAUUGUAUAGCCUGCAGCACAGCCAGCUGUAAUAUCGUGGACUUGGGUGUCCGAGGAAGUUGUAACUACUGCAAGGGAGAUUGCACUGGUCCCCAGUCGACCACUUGCCGGGCUGUUCCAUCGGGAGAUAAUGCCGAGAGCUGCUUCAUCGAAUUCGAUACUGCGGGUACCAUCUACGAAAUGGGCUGCCUAAGUCAGUACAAUGUGAGCGAUGUUACCCUGAUGGAGACCAACAAGCAAUUGUGGUACUGCACUGGUGACAACUGCAAUGUGGCCUCUGCCUUGCCCAAGACUCAGUCUUGCAAAUUGUGCAGUUCCCGCACGGAUGAAGAUUGUGCUGUAGCUCCAGAGGAUGUGGAUACGGCUACCGAAUGCGAGGGUCCAGCGAACACCGAUUGCUAUUCGAGGAUUCUGGAUAACGGACACACGGAGAGGGGUUGUCUCACCAGUUUGGAGGGCGAGGAUUACCUGGAAUGUCUGAAGGACACCAACUCCACAAAGUGCUUGAGGUGCUCCGGGGAGAAUUGCAAUCAACAGCUGCAACCCAGUGAGCGUUUGUCCUGUCAGAUCUGCGAUUCCAGUGAGGAUGCUACCUGCGAAUCAUCGCCCACCGCCUCUGCCCUCUGUCUGCUGCACACCGCCAAUCAGCAAUGCAUAACCUCCAUAGAUCUCUCGGGAAAUACCCAACGUGGAUGCAGUGCCUCGCUCGAAUGUGACUCCAGUAAUCCCAAGAAGUGUCAGCUCUGUUCGGGAGCCGAUUGUAAUGCCGGCAAUCUGAAGAGGCUGGAGGAUGGUCAGCCGGGUCUGUGGGGUCAGGACUUGCCCCUCAGCUGCCAGAGUUGCACGGAUGCCGCCAGUUGUGCUGCCAGCGAACUCACGAAUGUCACCUGCUCUAGUGAUUCCGAAUAUUGUGUGACCGUCUUCAGUGCCGAUGGAGCUGUUGCCGCCAAGGGCUGCAGCCAGGUGGUGGAGGAAACCUGGGCCACCUACUGCGAUGCCAAUGGAGGCAACUGCCACAACUGCAACUCCAACGGAUGCAAUGGUGCCAGAUCCCUGGAUUCCUACACCGAAUGCAUCUACUGCGAUUAUGAGAACGAGGAUUGUGCCACUAAUGCGGCGAAUGUCAAGUCCCGUCGCCUUUGCAAUGGCCAAUGUAUGACUGCCUCCCGCCAGAGAUCCAGUGAGAACUUCAUCUUUGACACUGUGCGAGGUUGUUUGGACGACAAGGAGCCGGAAGAUCAGGCUAGCUGCAUUGCCGGCACUGAUGGAACUUGCAAAGCCUGCUCGGGCGCCAACUGUAAUGUGGAUAUUAUUUCCGAUAUCACUCAGACCUGCUGGAAAUGCUCUGGAUCGGAUUGCGAUGAUCCGGAGUCCAGUCUCUGCAGCCAAUACAGUCCCACUGAUCAAUGCUAUAUCUUGUUUAGCUAUGAUGCUGAUAUCAAGGCUAUGGGUUGCAAGUCCGAUCUGGAUGAGGAGUAUGUGGAUGAUAACUUCCAUUCCCUGCUUUUCUGCGAUGAGAGCAAUUGCAACUUCUUCGAUAACCUGCCAGUGCCACACAAGUGCUACGCCUGCGAUUCCGAGGAAGAUCCCAACUGUGCCACGGAUCCCUCAAAGAUCGAGCUGGUUGGAAACUGUGGUAUUUUACCUUACAGUAGUUGCCAAACGAGGGUCAAAAAUGGCUUCACCCAGCGUAGUUGCCUGAGCAGCUUGCCUCGCGAACAAUUGGAGGAGUGCCUCGCUGGCACUGGAACCUGUACAGUCUGCACGGGUGAUCACUGCAACACCGAGAUAUAUCCCGCCGAUCGUCGUCGCUGCCAGAGGUGCAACUCCCUGACCGAUCCGACCUGCUCAUCGGGAACCGGUGAGGCUGCGGUGUGUCCCUUCUAUCUGGAGAACGAGGGAUGCAGUGCCAAGUUGGUGGACGGGGUAACCUAUCGCGGCUGCCAGCGGGAAUUCACCUGCAACGAUUCGGACAAACAGCACUGUCGCAUGUGCUCGGGCAAGGAUAACUGCAAUGUGGCAGAUCUCUUUGAGUCCUACAUUGGUUACCCCGGCAAGUGGUCCACUCCGCCGGUGAAUUGUUACACCUGCAAUGGCACCGAGUGCCAGGGAUCCAGCUCGGGCACCUUGCGCAAGUGUACCGGCAACGAUGAGCAAAACUGUGGAACCGUUUUCGAUGCUUCUGGGGCUGUGGUCUUCCGAGGCUGCUCCGACACUCUCUACGAGGACGAAGAGCUCCUGCAGUACUGCGAUGAGAACACGGGUAACUGCAAGUUCUGCAAGUCGACGGGCUGCAAUAACGCCAAGGAGUUGAGUGCCUAUGUGGAUUGUCUGUUCUGUGAUGGCAGCGAGGAUGCCAAUUGCGUUAGGAAGGUGGGAGAUGUUACCCGAACUCUAUCCUGCCAGGGAAGCUGCUUCACCGGCCUAUAUCCCCGCAAUCGGUCGGACUCGAAUCCCGUUUACGAUCUAGCGCGCGGUUGUCUGGAUGAUCUCGAGUACGAUGAUCGUGAGGCAUGUGCUGCUGGAACCUUGGAGAACUGCGCUUCCUGUUCGGGCGCCACUUGUAACACGGCCGAUGUGCCCGAAGAUCGUCUUAGCUGCAAUGUCUGUGAGGAUGCCGAGUGUGAAACGAUCACCAGCCAACUUUGCCUGGGCUAUCGGUCCGGAGAGCAGUGCUACAUUCAGGUGGACGAUCUGAGUAUCAAGGCCAUGGGUUGUGCCACCGAUCUGCAGGAUUCGUACCUCUUCAUCAACCGAAGGGAUCUUUACCUCUGCUCUGGCAACGAUUGCAACACCAAGGACAAGCUGAAAACUGGCGUUUCCUGCAAUUACUGCAAUUCCACUUAUGAUGACCGUUGUGUGAGCGGUGUUGGAAAUACGGCAGUUGUCUGCCAGCACCAAAUCAACCCCGAGUGCUACAACUACUUGAACGAAGAUGGCGUUUUGGUGCGUGGUUGCCUUAUGGACACCGAGGAUGACCUCUUCGAUGAAUGCUUAAGCUCUGGCAGCUCCAACUGCACCAUUUGCAGCACGAACAACUGCAACAGUGAGGUCUAUCCCUCGGAUUGGCUGACCUGUCUGCGCUGCGAUUCUUCCAGCGAUGCUGACUGUGCCCUGAAUCCCUCCAGCUACUCGAGCUAUUGCCGUACCUAUUCGGAGAACGAUGCCUGUGCCACUUCCUUGAGCAACGGACGAACUCGUCGUGGCUGCCAAUCGGAACUGAACUGCGAUGCAUCCGAGGCGGGAAGUUGCAGGAUUUGCACCGGAGCCGAUUGCAAUGAUGUGGAUCUGCAGUCGGGCUAUGUUGGCGAACCAGGAAAGUGGACGGAUCUCCCAUUAAGCUGUUACGAAUGCAAUGACGCCGCCAGUUGUGCCGCUGUUAGUGGCGAGGCCACCAAGUGUGAGGGUAACAACAAGCAGACCUGCUCCACGGUCUUCAAUUCCGAGGGUCAGGUGGUGUCCCGAGGAUGCAGUGAUACCGUCCUGGCUGCCCAUACGGAGUACUGUGACCUGAACAAGGAUAGCUGCGUGCAGUGCAAGUCGGAUGGUUGCAACAACGCCUUGUCCCUGGAUGCCUAUGUGGAUUGCUACUUCUGUGAUGCCGAGGAGGAUGUGAACUGUGCCUGGGAGAAGCCGGAGACCACCAGGAAGUGCCAGGGUCAGUGCAUGACGGGAUUGUAUCCACGCAGCUCCUCCUGGGACUCUGCUCUGCUGCCCACUCGCGGUUGCCUGGAUGAUCUUAACGAGGCGGAACGCACUUCCUGUGCGGCGGGAACUCAUGCCAAUUGCACUGCCUGCACUGGAUCCCUCUGCAACGGAGAUGAUGUCAUUGCCAAUCCUCAGGAGUGCUAUGCCUGCAAGGAUCCCUUGUGCGAAGACCCCGAAACCGAGAAGUGUGUGGCCUACAGGGAGCAGGAUCAAUGCUACCUGGCCUACGAUGACACCGGUGUCGUGGCCAUGGGCUGUGCCAGUGACUUUGAGACCCAGGUGAUCCAGGAGCUGGUGGCCCAACAGCGAUUGCUACUCUGUUCCGGGCAGAAGUGCAAUGAAUAUGGACUCACGCCCGAACCCCAAACUUGUCUGCACUGCAGUUCCACGGACGAUCCUCGCUGUGCCACCAAUCCGAAUCAGCUGCUCACCACCGACAUUUGCUCCAAGAUGCCCUACACCGAGUGUGUGACGCAGAUCGAUGCCAAGGGUAAUACCAUUCGUGGUUGUCUCUCCAGUUUGGCCAGCGGCGAGUUCUACGAGUGCCUCACUGGUGACGGAGAACUCUGCUCCACUUGCACUGGCGAACGUUGCAAUGGUCUCUCCGUCUUCCCUGCCGAUAGGAGGAAGUGCAUCCAGUGUGAUUCCUCGAGUGAUUCCAAUUGUGCUAGUUCACCAGCGAGUAUCACCAGCACUGUGUGUCCCAUUUACUCCCAGGACGAGGGCUGUGUGACUACCUUGUUGGAUGGAGUGACCUACAGGGGAUGCAAUUCGACGUUGACCUGCUCGAAUCCCUCAGAUUCCUCAACUUGCCGCGUUUGCAGCUCCGCCGAUGGUUGCAACACCGUUAAUCUGGAGCGAGUUGGCGAGGAUGGUUUGCCCGGAGCUUGGCAGGAUGUGCCCAUCGAGUGUUUGGUGUGCUCGGGCACGGAAUGUGCUUCUGGUGGAGGAACCCCAACAAAGUGCUCGGGUUAUGACAACUGUGUGACCGUCUUCGGCGAAACUGGAUCGGUUACCCAACGAGGUUGCUCGGAAACCGUCUUCGAGGCCUCCACGUACUGCGAUGAGAAUCCCUCAUCCUGCCCACGUUGCAAUUCCAAUAACUGCAACUUGGCUGAUUCUCAAGAUAACUAUGUGGAAUGCAUCGUUUGCGACUCCAGUGUGGAUUCGAAUUGCCUCAGUAAUCCCACCCAGAUCACCAAGACUCGCCAGUGCAACGAGCGUUGUGUCUCGGCCUUCCUGCCUUUGUUCAACGAAACUGAAGAUCCCAGCUAUGCGCUGAUCCGCAAUUGCUAUGAUGAUCUGGAGAAGGAGGAUCGCGAUGCUUGCACCGCGGGCAGCAAGAGAUUCUGUGCCACCUGUGAGGGUGCCAAGUGCAAUGUGGAGGACCUCGUGGCCAGCCGGCAAAGCUGUUUGGUCUGUCAGGGUGACGAGUGCCAGAAACCGGAGGCCAGCAGCUGCUCGAAUUACAGGGAGAACGAUGAGUGCUUCAUACAGUUCGAUGAGGAGAGAUCCGUGUCUUCGCUGGGCUGCCUGAGUGAACUCAGUCACGAGGAUAUCUAUCUGUUGAGACGUUCGAAGAGAUUGCUGACCUGCAGCGAUAACGAUUGCAAUACGAUUGAAUCCGUGCCGGAAAGCGAGAGUUGCACCUUGUGUAGCUCACGUACCGAGGCCAAUUGUGCGAUUAGUCCUUCCAGUGUGACCAGUUCGACGAACUGCGUCCUUGGAGGCUUCCCUGAAUGCUACUCCCGAAUCCUUUCCGAUGGACACACCGAGAGGGGAUGUCUUUCCAGCUUGGAGGAUGACGAUUUCCUUUCCUGCUACAAUGGCACCUCAACCUCUUGCAACUCCUGUCAAGGAAGCAGUUGCAACAAGCAGGUUUACCCCAGUAAUCGACGAUCCUGCCACGUCUGCAACUCCGACACGGAUGCCAAUUGCGCCUCCAAUCCUUCGAGCCUCACUGUUUGCUAUCUGUACGAAGCAGAUGACACGUGUGUGACCAAUCUGAGGAACGGCGUGACCUACAGGGGCUGCUCCUCCUCGCUGAGUUGCGAGGCGAAUGCCAAGACCUGUGUUUACUGCGAGGGAGAUGGCUGCAAUCAGGUGGAUUUGGCGGCCAAGUCGGAUGAUAACUACGGAAAGUGGCAGGACCUCCCGUUGGAGUGUCUCACCUGCGAGGGUGCCGCCUGCCAGGAGGAGGAUAUUCCCACCGUCAAGUGCCAGAACAACAACGAGCAGGACUGUUUGACCGUCUUUGGUUCGGAUGGCGUAGUCACGCGACGUGGCUGCCAGGAUGAGGUGGAAUCGGAUCCGACCAUCGCCACCUACUGCGGUUCCAAUGCCGCCAGCUGUCCCGCCUGCAAGUCCAACGGCUGCAACAAUGCCACAGCUCUCAGUCAGUACACCACUUGCAUUUACUGCGACUCCUACAAGGACUCGUCCUGCCUCUGGGAUCCAACGAGCACCACUCACAGGACUCGCCAGUGCCAGGGACAAUGUAUGACUGCUCUGUACGGCAGCAGUGACUCCGGUCUGGAUCUCAUUCGCACCUGUUUGGACGACAAGGAGGAGUCGGAUCAGCUGUCCUGUGCCAGUGGCAGUGAUUCUAGCUGCUCCGCCUGCUCCGGCGACUCCUGCAAUGUCCAGAGCCUGCCCGAAGAUCGCCUCAGUUGCUACACCUGCGAGGGCGACGAGUGCGAGGAUCCGCAGCCCAAGACCUGUGCCAUCUACAAGCCCGAGGACAGCUGCUUCCUGUGGGUGGACGAGGACAACGACCUCAAGCAACUCGGCUGCCUGAGCUCCUUCCGCAAUCAGGACUUGGAAUCGAUCAUCAAAACGAAACGCAUUGCCGUUUGCAAUGGCACCAACUGCAACGUCCCGCAACUUCAGUCCCCCGUGCGAUGUGCCGUCUGCGAUUCUCGCGAGGAUCCCACCUGCGCCACCAAUGCCGAGGCAGUGGGAGUCUUUGCCACCUGCAGCCAGUUGCCCCACACGGGAUGCUUCACCAAAUUGGAGGAUGAUGGUUCCACCCACCGUGGUUGCCUUUACGACCUCGGUCAGUCCGAUUUCGCCGCCUGUCUUCUUGGAAACGAUGCCAACUGUUCCGUUUGCUCCGUCGAUGGUUGCAAUCGUGAGGUCUUCCCUGCUGAUCGUCAAGUGUGCUAUUCCUGCACCUCUGCCGAUGAUUCCAGCUGUGAGUCGGAUCCUUCGUACACUUUGGCCUGUCCAUGGGUCAGCGAAACGGAGACCUGUAAGACCUUGCUCUCCGGAAAUGUGACCACUCGUGGUUGCAGCAGCCUCGUGGAGUGCGAUUCCAGUGACUUUAGCAAUUGCCGCAGUUGCUCGGGAAGCGAGUGCAAUGCCAUCGAUCUUCGCAACCGAGUGGAUGAUGGUCAGCAUGGAGUGUACCAGGAUUUGCCCUUGAAGUGUCACACUUGCGUAGGAGAACAUUGUCUAAGUUCGCUGGGACCGGCGGUCACGUGCACCCUGAAUAAGGAUCAGGAUUGUAAGACCGUCUUCGAGGCGGAUGGCGUGACGGUGAGGAGGCGUGGCUGCUCGGAUGAUGUGGAUGACUACGAGGAUCGUUAUUGUAGGAAGAACCCAUCUCUAUGCUUCACCUGCAAGUCGAAUGAGUGCAAUGAUGCCUGGUCCACGGAUGAGUAUGUCUCAUGUACCUUCUGCAAUUCUGCCAACCGAUCCACUUGCAUCACGGAUCCCAAAGGAUCGGACUUGACCCAGCGCAGUUGCAAGGGUCAGUGUCUGGUGGCUCUGAGUGGCGAGGAUUUGAUUCGAUCCUGUCUGGAUGACAAGGAACUGUACGAUCGCUCCGAUUGCACCACCGAUGAGAGUGGCACCAACUGUGCCUCCUGCUCGGGAGCCGAAUGCAACACCUUCUCGUAUCCCGCGGAUCGUCUGAGUUGCCACACCUGUGCGGAUUCGACUUGCUCAAGCAGCCAGUCGCAGGCUUGUUUGGCCUACAAAUCGGAUGACUACUGUUUCGCCAAGUAUGCCAGUGGCGGUGCCCUGGAGCUCAUGGGUUGCGCAAGUAGCCAGAAUAGCUCCAGUUUGGACGAGUGGCAGAAUGCGAAUCAGUUAUACUCUUGCCAAGGAAGCGAGUGCAAUGAGCUGAGCCGUCUGCCUGGCGAAGGUGAGUGUCUGGCCUGUGACUCCAGCAAAUCGCUGGAGUGCGCCCAGGAACCCACGGCUGUGACCUCAACUAUUAUCUGCAAUGCCCCCAAUUCCGAGUGUAUUACCCGCCUGGAGGAUGGCCAUACGAUCCGUGGCUGCAGGAGCGCCUUGAGCUCCGCCGAGAGCAGCAGCUGUGUGGCCAGCGGCACCUGUGCCGUUUGCUCCGGCGCCAAGUGCAACGCGGAGAUCUUCCCCAACAACCGACGACGCUGCCACAUCUGCAACUCCACCGCCGACUCCAAUUGUGCCAAGCAACCCAACAGCCUGGCCGUCUGUCCCAUCUAUGCGGCCAAUGAUAACUGUGUCACCUCCUACAACGAUGGACUUCUGAGGAGGGGCUGCGCUAGUGAGUUGGAGUGCGAGAUCGACAACGAGGACCACUGCAACAAGUGCUCCACCGAUGGCUGCAACACCGUUGAACUUACUGGAUCCGCCGGUGGACUGUCCGGCAUCGGACUGGGCCUCACCCUCCUCGUCGCCUGGCUGAUCAGCUCCACGCAGCGACUGUAGCUCCCAUUCCUCCAUCUAGUUAAGUAGAUUUAUAUAGAGUAGAGCCUUAUGUAAUUAGAUUGCUGUGCUGAGGGCGAUGGGCCGUUUGGACCAUUCGCACGAUCUACAAACGAUUUGUAAAUAAACCAAACGACAAUUUCGAACAAA